UGAAGGAAAGUUAAGGUGGGCCCCCAGCGAGAGUUUUGUCCCGGGACAACGAGGACAGUCCUGGGGAAUUUUUUUUUUCCCCCUGCUUUGGAGGCCCCGGGCUCAAGGCAAAUUAUAAGUGGGAAACCAAUUGGAAGGAAAGAAAUUUGAACCGAGUUAAGGUGCCAGAAAGAGAAGCAGCCCUAUCUGAAGUCUGCAUCUGCCGCUGACAAACUUGGGGGGGGGGGGGGGCUGUGUUAAGGGAAGGGGGUUCAGCAAACACAGGUAGAGGAGAGGCCGGUACUGCCCCAACAGGCCAUCAGAGAGCGGCAAAAUGAUGGAGGACCCUAGAAAGAAGUCACUCUAGAGGUAACCGCACGAAGGGGGACCCGCUAUGCCUCGGCUCACGAUCCUUUCCCGCUGCCUUUCUGCUGGGCGCAAAACCAUGCUCACCAAUCCCACCUAAACAAGGAGGCAAGGAGCCCAGCCUUUUGUGCAAACGGGAGCUGUAACUGCCCUCCUUUUCUGCCCCCAAGACAAGAGAGGACUCUUGGAAGCCGAGAAGGCUUUGAGAAGUCCUUUCCGGACUGAGCCGUCGCCGGAGGCCCCUGGCGGCCCGCCCGCGCACAGAGGUCCACGAUGGGCCUGCUCCAGGGCCUUCUCCGGGCGAGAAAGCUGCUGCUCGUUAUCUUCGUGCCGCUGCUGCUGCUGCCUCUGCCCAUGCUCCACCCCAGCAGCGAGGCCGCGUGUGCUUAUGUGUUGAUCGUGACUGCUGUGUACUGGGUGUCUGAGGCGGUGCCCCUCGGAGCUGCAGCCCUGGUGCCUGCCUUCCUUUACCCGUUCUUCGGAGUCCUCCGAUCCAGUGAGGUGGCCGCCGAAUACUUCAAGAACACCACGCUGCUGCUGGUGGGUGUCAUCUGCGUGGCAGCUGCCGUGGAGAAGUGGAACCUGCACAAACGCAUUGCUCUGCGCAUGGUCAUGAUGGCUGGAGCCAAGCCGGGCAUGUUGCUGCUCUGCUUCAUGUGCUGCACCACACUGCUCUCCAUGUGGCUCUCCAACACGUCCACCACCGCCAUGGUGAUGCCCAUCGUGGAGGCCGUGCUGCAGGAGCUGGUCAGUGCCGAGGAGGAGCAGCUCGUGGCGGGCAACUCCAGCGCCGAAGAGGCCGAGCCCAUCAGUCUCGAUGUAAACAACAGUCAACCCUCCCUGGAACUCAUCUUUGUCAAUGAAGACACGUCGACUGCAGACUUCACUUCUCUGAUGCAGGACAAGAACCUGAAUGGGGUGCCCCCAAUCACCAACCCUGUCAAAAUGGCAAGCCCCCAGGGCAAGAAGCAGCACCGAUCCCAGGAAAAGCCACUAGUCCUGAUUCCUGGGCCCAGGAACCAGGAGCUCAACAGAAAGUACAAGUCCCAGCGUGACCAGAUGAUCUGCAAGUGCCUGUCUCUGAGCAUAUCUUAUGCUGCUACCAUUGGGGGCCUGACCACCAUUAUUGGUACCUCCACCAGCCUCAUUUUCUUGGAACACUUCAACAACCAGUACCCAGCUGCAGAGGUGGUCAACUUCGGCACCUGGUUCCUCUUCAGCUUCCCCAUCUCCCUCAUCAUGCUGGUGGUCAGCUGGUUCUGGAUGCACUGGCUGUUCCUGGGCUGCAAUUUUAGAGAGACCUGCUCUCUGAGCAAGAAGAAGAAGACCAAAAGGGAAGCGUUGUCAGAGAAGAGGAUCCAAGAGGAAUAUGAAAAGCUGGGAGCCAUUAGCUACCCUGAAAUGGUAACCGGAUUUUUCUUCAUCCUGAUGACCGUGCUGUGGUUUACCCGGGAGCCUGGCUUUGUUCCUGGCUGGGAUUCUUUCUUUGAAAAGAAGGGCUACCGCACGGAUGCCACAGUCUCCGUUUUCCUCGGCUUCCUCCUUUUCCUGAUCCCGGCAAAGAAGCCUUGCUUUGGGAAGAAGAGUGACGGGCAGAACCAGGAGCCCUCCCGGGGGACGGAGCCCAUCAUCACCUGGAAGGACUUCCAGAAGACCAUGCCCUGGGAGAUUGUCAUUCUGGUGGGAGGAGGCUAUGCUCUGGCUUCAGGCAGCAAGAGCUCUGGCCUCUCCACAUGGAUUGGGCACCAGAUGUUGUCUCUGAGUAGCCUCCCACCGUGGGCCAUCACCCUGUUGGCAUGCAUCCUGGUGUCCAUUGUCACAGAGUUUGUGAGCAACCCAGCCACCAUCACCAUCUUCCUGCCUAUCCUAUGCAGCCUGUCCGAAACGCUGCACAUUAAUCCACUCUACACCCUGAUCCCAGUCACCAUGUGCAUCUCCUUUGCAGUGAUGCUGCCCGUGGGCAAUCCCCCCAACGCCAUCGUCUUCAGCUAUGGGCACUGCCAGAUCAAAGAUAUGGUGAAAGCUGGCCUGGGGGUCAAUGUCAUUGGCCUGGUGAUCGUGAUGGUGGCCAUCAACACAUGGGGAGUUAGCCUCUUCCACUUGGACACUUUUCCAGCCUGGGCUAAGGUCAGUAACCUCACUGAUCAGGCCUGACACAAGCGGGCACACAGCCCAGCCAGAGGAGCUACGAGCGCCGAACAGAAUCUGACCAAGAAAGCCGCCAGGAGCACACAACCCCCACCAGAAGAUUCCACAGCCUGCCACCUCAGGUGACGAGCAGGAAGCCUCCGAUGCUGGGACGUUAGUGCCUUCUUCUCCGCCCUCCUUCCUCAGCACUGUAGUUCAGGAAAACCUAGCACCGUUCUCACGUCCUGUAUCUUGGGCUCUCCAGGUCUUUCUGAGGACAGGAAGAGCAGAAAGGCUGACUCAGUCGCCCCUCAGAGGCUAACUAAGCCUCACAAACUAGCCUCGCUGGCCUCCAUGUUAUUCUUAAUACCUUAACCCCUUUUUAGGAGUUGGAGGAGAAAUCAAAUCAUCCCACCUGUGUAGUCACAUCUCCUCUUUCGGAGGAAAAUCUUCCCCCGGAACUUUCUCCUCAGCGUUUCUAUCCUAAGUUCUUACCACAAAAGGGCGAUCUUGGCAAGUCCUCUUUGUGGCGAUCAGUACUCUCUCCUCACUACUCUGAUUCCCUUCUAAGCAGCUCCCUUCAAUGGCUUCUCUUUACCCUUGGCACCAAAUUCCCAUCAAGAAAUAGUGUCCCCCUUUAGAAAGAGGCUUGUACUGUUCUCUUUGUCCAAGGAAAAGGAAGUAGAGACAGAAGACACGCUGAAGUCAGUACAGGUAUCCCCGGCUUUUCAAAAGUUCUCGUUACGCCACUUUGCUUUUACAAAAGACCCACGUGAGUACCUGUUUUCGCUAACCGGAGGAAAACUGAAGAGGAUUUUCGGAUUUCUGAGAAGAGUCCAAGUAGUGUUCAGUGGUUUUGCGGCGAGCCCUUCGAGGGGCAGUGCGCAACCUGAGCAACUGGAGUGGUGCCACUGGGCCGCCUCCCGGGGAACUGCACCCAGCGUCUCUGCACGGCGCUGCCAGAGCUGCGAGCUGCAUCUGCGAGCGUCUGUGCUGUAUGCCCAUUUACUUUGUGCACCCGUCAGCAAGAAGUUCCUAAGGUAUCAGGGAAGCCUAAGAGAGGUUAUUGCGGAGGUCUGGAAACGCUCAAAUGUCUUUCCAUAUAAAUUAAUGGCAAUUGCCUCUUCGCUUUAUGUCAUUUUGACUUACGGAAGGUUUCACAGGAAUUCUCUACUUUUGGAGAGGGGGGGGGCACCUGUCUCUCUCUUUGCUUUCCACUAAUCAUCAAUACCACUGCAUUGGUUGAGCUGGGAGGGAGAAAAAACUUCCCUACCUGUCUUAUUAAAAAGGCCAAAACUAUCAUUAAGACCACAGUGCUAUUAGCGAUAUCUGACUGGCUUUCUUUUGGAUGUAAUGAGUAGUUUGUUCUUGAGAAAGCAAGUACAGAAGGCCUCACACACCAGCCACUUCCUACAGGGAGCCCCUUGAGGGGAGAGACGUCUUCUGUCUCUUCAAGUCCCCUGCAACUCAUACAAUAUAGUAAACUAACUACCUAAUAAAUGUUUCCUGUGAGAAAAAAUCA